AUGGAAAUUAUAUACAAAUUCUCUGGGAAAUCAAUUGCUGCUUUGAUUUCGGAACAAAGUUUCUUUUAUGAGGAAGAAGAUGCAAAUUGGAGAUGGCUUAAAAAAUUAAAAUUGAAACCAAGAGUCAAUAUCUUUUGGUGGAAAUUGAUUCACAAGGCAAUUCCAACCAACGAUUUUUUAAUGUAUAGAAGGAUUAUUAAUUUCAACGGAUGCCCAAGAGGAUGUGAAGAUAUUGAAGAUGCAAAUCAUCUAACUGUUAAAUGCUCAUUCAUGAAUAAGAUCAUUAUCUUAUUGAAUAAUUGGGGUUAUGAUAUCCCGGAUCUAAACAAUCUAGAUAAUUGCUUCAAUUGGCUUUCUAAAGCUUCUACCAGCAAUCCUUUUAUAGCCAAUAUCUAUUGUUUUGCAGUCUUUUUCUCUUGGAAGAGUACAAACAAGAGGGUGCACGGCUUGGAAGAGGACAGUAUAUCUUCCAUUGCAGGGAAUGCAGUUAGUUUUGCUUCUUUAUCAUUUAGCCAGGAUCUCAAUUCAGUCAACUGGGUUUCUAAUCAGCAAUUGCUGUUUCAAAACACUUGGAAACCUCCUCCAACUAAAUGGAUCAAACUGAAUGUGGAUGCUGCUCUUAAUAAUAAUUAUUCUGCUGGAAUUGGUGGAGUAAUUAGAGACUGCAAAGGUAGAUUUCUAUUUGCCUUUGGGAUCAAAACUUUACACUGGGAUAUUUCAUCUCUUAAAUUGGAAGCUUUAUUGUCUAUCAAGAAGUUUACUCAAGAGUGUAUGUACAAAGCAAAAGGCAUCAUCAUAGAAGGAGAUAACUAUAAUGUUAUGAAGCAUAUCCAAGACAUUUUAAAAAAUGGUCCAUCUGUAAGUAAUCAUCCUAAUUUACUUGAUUUUCUUUCUUAG